AUGGCAACUACUGUCAAGGAUCAGCUGAUUGUAAAUGUCCUAAAGGAAGGCCAGGGUCCCCAUAAUAAGAACACUGUUGUUGGAGUUGGUGCAGUUGGCAUGGCAUGUGCCAUCAGUAUCUUGACGAAGGAUUUGGCUGAAAAACUUGUCCCAGUUGAUGUAAUAGAAGACAAACUAAAGGGAGAGAUGAUGGAUAUCCAACAUGGCAGCCUUUUCCUCAAAAUGCCAAAGAUUGUUUCUGGCAAAGACUACAUGGAUAUUUUGACAUAUGUAGCCUGGAAGCUAAGUGGCUUUCCUAAAAACUGUGUUAUUGGAAGUGGUUGCAAUCUGAAUUCUGCCCAUUUCUGCUACAUAAUGGGGGAGAGACUUGGUGUCCAUUCUUCAAGUUGUCAUGGAUGGGUCCUUAGGGAACACAGAGACUUCAGAGUUCCUGUGUGGAGUAGUGUGAAUUUUGCCGGUGUCUCUCUGAAGAAUCUUUAUUCUGCUUUGGAAACUGAUGCUGAUUCAGAGAAUUGGAAAAAUGCUCAUAAACAGGUGGUUGAAAGUGCUUAUGAGGCGAUCAAGCUGAAGUGCUAUACUUCCUGGGCCACUGGCUUGUCUGUGGCAGAUCUGGCAGAAAGCAUUAUGAAGAAUCUUAGGAGAGUGCAUCCAAUUUUCACCAUGAUUAAGGGUAUAUAUGGCAUUAAUGAGGAUGUCUUCCUUAGUGUCCCAUGUGUCUUGGGGCAGGAUGGCAUUUCAGAUGUGGUGAAGGUAAACCUGAAUCUGGAGGAGGAGAGUUGUUUAAAGAAAAGCACAGAUACUCUUUGGGGAAUCCAGAAGGAGCUGCAAUUUUAA